ACUGGGUCUUUCAAUCGUGGAAGAAGGGUUAGCGGCUAACGGUAGCUAUUUAGUAAGCGGUAGCCUUGUCGUCAUGCCGACUGUCAGUGUCAAAAGGGAUCUUCUAUUCCAUGCUUUGGGCAGAACGUACAGUGAUGAAGAAUUUGAUGAGUUAUGUUUUGAGUUUGGGCUGGAGCUUGAUGAAAUUACCUCAGAGAAGGACAUAAUCAGUCGUGAGCAGGGGGAUACCAAGGCAGAGGGGGCUUCUGAUGUGAUUCUCUAUAAGAUCGACGUCCCAGCUAACCGCUAUGACCUGCUGUGUCUGGAAGGACUGGUCAGGGGCUUACAGGUCUUUAAAGAGAAGAUGGAAGCCCCUCGCUACAGACGUGUGAGUCCAACCAGUGGAGAACCUCAGAGGCUGGUUAUCACUGAAGAGACUGCUGCUGUGCGACCCCAUGCUGUGGCAGCAGUUCUAAGGAACAUCACCUUCACACAGGAACGCUAUGACAGCUUUAUCGAACUACAGGAGAAACUCCAUCAGAACGUCUGCAGGAAGAGGACAUUGGUUGCCAUUGGCACCCAUGACCUGGACACCAUCUCAGGUCCCUUCACCUACACAGCAAAGCCCCCUGAUGACAUCCGCUUUACACCUCUCAACCAGGCCCAGGAGUACACUGCCACAGAACUCAUGAACCUCUACAAAACAGACAGCCACUUGAGACAUUAUCUGCACAUCAUUGAAGACAAGCCUGUCUAUCCUGUAAUCUAUGACAGUAAUGGCAUUGUCCUGUCUAUGCCUCCAAUCAUCAAUGGGGACCAUUCCAAAAUCUCUUUGAAUACAAAGAACGUUUUUAUCGAGUGCACAGCCACAGAUCUCACCAAGGCUAAAAUCGUGUUAGAUAUGAUGGUGACUAUGUUCUGCGAGUAUUGUGAGGAACCUUUCACAGUAGAAGAGGCUGAAGUGGUGUACCCAGACGGAAGGACUUUCCAAUACCCGGAGCUGGCUUACAGGAAGGAGACUCUGUCAGGGGACUUCAUCAACCGCAAAGUUGGCAUAAGUGAGUCGACCGAGCGCAUUGCACAGCUGCUGACCAAGAUGUGCCUGCGAUCGGAAGUCAUGAGUGACGGCGAACAGAUCGAGGUGGAGAUCCCGCCGACACGCUCUGACGUCAUCCACGCCUGUGACAUCAUGGAGGACGCCGCCAUGGCGUACGGUUUCAACAACAUUAUCCGCACCACGCCCCGCACCUACACUGUAGCCAAUCAGCUCCCUCUGAAUAAACUGACCGAGUUGCUGAGACAGGACCUGGCUGCGGCUGGGUUCACCGAGGCCCUGACCUUUGCCCUGUGUUCUCAAGAGGACAUUGCUGACAAGCUGUUGAAGAACAUCUCAGAUACCAGGGCAUGUCACAUUGCUAACCCCAAGACCGCAGAGUUUCAGGUGGCGCGCACCACACUGCUCCCAGGCCUGCUCAAGACUUUGGCUGCCAACCGGAAGAUGCCUCUUCCUCUCAGGCUGUUCGAGAUCUCCGACGUGGUGCUCAAGGAUGAAACAAAAGAUGUCGGGGCCAAGAACAACCGUCGUCUGUGUGCCGUCUACUACAAUAAGAGCCCAGGGUUCGAGGUGAUCCACGGGCUCAUGGACCGGGUCAUGCAGCUGCUAGAGGUCAAACCUGGCCGGGACGAGGGCUACCACAUCCAGGCUGCCCAGGAUUCCUCCUUUUUUCCUGGUCGCUGUGCUGAGAUUUUUGCGCACGGGAAAAGCAUUGGACGCCUUGGGGUCCUCCACCCUGAUGUCAUUAGCCGCUUCGAGCUCACCAUGCCCUGCUCUGCCCUCGACAUAGACAUCGAGCCCUUCCUGUGAUGUUAAAGCCACGCCCCGACCAUGUCUGGACACGCCCAGCUGGUAACACCAUAGAGAUUAUGACUUAACCCCCGUCAUUAUCCGGCAGUCGAGGUGCUCAUGUUACGUUUACCCAACCAACCAGCAUUGGAAGAAACUCACAUUUUAAUGCAAAUCUCCUAAUGACGCUCUAUUGAAUGCUUGAAAUAAAAGUGCUGAAGUUAGGACUGUGACCUGGACGAAUGAUUCCAUUUAUAUCAUGCAUGGUAAUAUGUGACGUAACCAUAGAAACGGUUGGCUGGCAUAUACAAAGUAUGUGGGUGUUCUGUUUUUUUUGUCUCCGUGGUUAUUAAAACAAAUGAGACGUCUG